CCUGAAGCGUUCCAGCAUGUUUUGAAUUCUGGCUUGAGCAAUUCUUCCUUUUUGGCCGGGGAAAUGUAUCUUCAGGUCCCUCGAAACCCUAUAUAGUGAUUCCCAUUGACUGACUGCACUGGCACCUGGCCGGAAGAGGGCAGAGCCAGGAGAGUGGGGUACGGGCAGCGGAGCCAACAAACGGCUCAUGCCUCCAGCAGAUGUUCCUUGCCGCUUCUUUACUCCCUGGGGCCGAUGCCAGCCUGGGUGGUGUCCAGCAGCCCGUCACUCGACACCAGGAACAGUAUGCUGGCUGCUCUUAUUGCACAUUGCUGACUGGGAAUGAACCCCUGACCAUCCUCCCUCUGACCUCAGAAAUGGAGGAAGCUGCUGUCAAGGCCCACUACAAAGUGUGCGACCGCCUGAAGCUGGAGAAAAAGCAGCGCAGGAUGUGUCGGCGGGACCCCGGGGUGGCCGAGACCCUCAUGGAGGCCAUCAGCAUGAGUGCCCUGGAGUGCCAGUACCAGUUCCGCUUCGAACGGUGGAACUGCACGCUCGAGGGGCGCUACAGGGCCAGCCUGCUGAAGAGAGGUUUUAAGGAAACAGCCUUCCUCUAUGCCAUUUCCUCAGCAGGGCUCACCCAUGCCAUGGCCAAAGCCUGCAGCGCUGGGCGUAUGGAGCGUUGCACCUGCGAUGAAGCCCCUGACCUGGAGAACAGGGAGGCCUGGCAGUGGGGCGGCUGUGGCGACAACCUCAAGUACAGCAAUAAGUUCGUCAAGGAGUUUCUGGGGAAGAAAUCCAUCAAGGACCUGCGAGCCAGGGUGGACUUUCACAACAACCUUGUGGGCAUGAAGGUCAUCAAAGCUGGGGUGGAGACUACCUGCAAGUGCCAUGGGGUAUCUGGAUCCUGUACUGUCCGCACGUGUUGGCGACAGCUCUCUCCGUUCCAUGAGAUUGGCAAGCAGCUGAAGCAGAAAUACGAGACGUCGCUCAAAGUUGGCAGCACCACCAACGAGGCCACCGGGGAAGGGGACAUCUCACCGCCCAAGAAGUCCAUCCCUGGUCACAGUGACCAAAUCCCAAGGACUACGGAUCUUGUCUAUAUUGACGAUUCCCCCAGCUUCUGUCUGAUGAGCAGGUAUUCACCUGGGACUUCGGGAAGGAAAUGUUACAAAGACAAAAACUGUGACAGCAUCUGCUGUGGCCGAGGUCACAACACGCAGAGCAGGGUGGUCACCCGGCCGUGCCAGUGUCAGGUCCGCUGGUGUUGCUACGUGGAGUGCAAGCAGUGCACUCAGAGAGAAGAGGUUUAUACCUGCAAGGACUAAUGCCCGCUCUGCUUACCAGAUGCCCUCAGCGAUGGGAGAUCAGGAUCUAUGAGAAUUAUAUAUGGAGACAAACAGGGUGUGAUUGACCAUCUUGGGAUCUGAAAGCUAUGUUGAGACCUAAGCACUUUGUAGGGUACAGGUGACCCAGUUGUGUGUUUUGUUUUGU